GCGUCUUGGCAUAUUUUCGUCAGCAAGCGUCUUUUUUUCAACAUCCAAAGCCAUAAUCUGGCCACCAAAGCAACUUUUCCAAGUAUUUCGGGCCAUUAUCAGAUCAAUAUGGCUACAUCAACUGUGGAACAACCUGCAGCAGUAAAGCCAAAUCUGAAAGAGUUCCUGCAACCCCUCCAGGUUGGCAUCGAAACCUUGUAUGACUUGUCCUGUCGACUAUCAACAUCAUAUACGAAUCUGGCCAUGGAAUCUACUGAACAUUUCAUUCCAACACCCAUUACUCGUCUUCCAACAGGUCAUGAAACUGGACGCUACCUCGGUGUUUAUGUUGGUCUCUCUUAUCUGCGAGUGGCCUUUAUUGAUCUCUUGGGAGAUAAACAAGUCGAAGGACAUGCUCGCGUCCGACGAACAUUAGAAAAGGCUUGGCCUAUUGAAGAUCAUUUACGAAAAGACCAUUCUCUGGACUUGUUCACCUGGAUUGGUGACUGUAUUGCCGAAGUCGUGGCCGAUCGGCUUGCCAAUCCGAAUGAAGAAAGUCUUGACCAAAUAACGACGGGUAUUUCCCUUUGUCUACCAAUAAAACAAAACACUCUCGAUGAAGCUAUCUUGAUGCCAACUGGCAAAGGCUUUUCUCUAAGCUCAGACCUCAACCUCCGUCAAGCACUACUAAAUGGAUACGAGCGCCACACGUAUUCCUCUCAUGGAGAUGUUGAACCGAUGCCUGCAAAGCGACGCAGGUUAUUUUCUCUGCCUAAAUUAAAAAUCGCUGUCAUGAUCAAUGAUACGACCGCAACCCUUGCAUCAUUGGCAUAUUCGAUCCCUUCGUUGCCCAAUACCCGUGUUGUCAUGGGACUUAUUGUAGGCGCGGGAUGCAAUGCCACUGCUCCAAUGAAGAUUUCUGAUCUUCACGAAUCAAAAACCCAAAAUAUUCGAGAGAAAUACCCUGACGCAAAGGAGACACUCAUUUCUACUGAGUGGACUCUCUCAACGGCGGCAGCUCCCUUUGAUGAGCUGCGCAUUCGAAAUAAAUGGGACCAUGAAUUGGACCAGCAUUGCAAACGGCCGGGUUUCCAGCCGCUAGAGUAUAUGGUUGGAGGUGGGUAUACUGGCGAGUUGGUUCGGAUCAUUUGCUAUGAUUACUUCCACAGAGUCCUGGGAAUAGAGGACUCAAUACUACCAGUGAAGCUUAUUGAGCCAUAUUCCAUUUCAACAGAAUUCCUCUCUCUGAUUGUUGCCGCUUCAAUAACCGAUGAAUCAUUGGCAGAUAAGCUUUCUCAAAAGCUUCAGCUACCACCUGAAAGCAAUUGGAGAUGGACACCAGAAUACGCUCGUGACAUCCGCACCAUCGCAUCGGCUGUACACGACCGAGCCGCUUCAUUAGUUGCAGCCGCCGUUGUUGGUCUUCUCGAUUGCAUCAAAGAAGUGAAAUUGUGCAAAGACCCCAGCGAAAUACUGAUGAAAUCGGAAUCUCAAGAUAGCAAACAAACAGGCUCAGGCUCGCCCGGUUGGAACAGUGGCCCGGAAGAACUCGCCGUGGCAUUUUCUGGUGGAGUGAUUCAACAUUAUCCUCAUUACAAAGAAAACGUGCAGCGAUAUAUCGACCGUCUCAUUAUUCGCGCGGGUCCACAAGCAGGCGGAAAGAGUGUGUUCUUGCGCGAAGCCAGCGAUGGUGGAAUCAUUGGUACUGGCGUGCUGGCGGGAACUGCCUCUGGGGAGAUUGGCGAAAUAAAGGUUACAGAUGGCUCUCCGUGGCCUCUGCUGUCUCCUAUGCGGAAAGACAUG